AUGUACUCCAUCUCAGUCAUUGACCGCAACAACUUGGGCUUUGCAUAUGUCGCCGGCAUGCAGACGGACUUGGGGCUGCAAACUGGAGAUCGAUAUACCAUCAUUGUCAUGACGUUCUUCGUCACGUACAUUUUGUGUGAACUUCCGAGCAACUUGAUUCUACCCAAAGCUGGACCGGCAAACUGGCUCUCCUUCAUCGGCGUUAGCUUUGGGGUAGUGCUGAUUGGCAUGGGUUUCGUUAGGCAAUGGUGGGCUUUGAUGAUGUGCAGACUCUUGCUCGGGGCACUAGAAGCAGGCUUCCUGCCUGGCUGUACGUAUCUCAUCACAUGUUGGUAUACUCGAUUCGACGUGGGAAAGCGGCUGGCCUGUUUCUGGCUGCUCCAAGUUGUUUGCUCUGGGCUCGCCGCAAUCUUCGCCUAUGUGCUCUCUCUCCUCGGCGGUCGUCAUGGUCUAAAUGGUUGGAGCUGGAUCUUCAUAAUCGAAGGCACCAUCACCUGCGCUGUCUGCAUCCUAGGAUGGUUCAUUCUUAUCGACUUCCCAGCGAAAGCCACCGACUUCCUCAACGCUAGGGAAAUGAAGACUGUGGUUGAUAUGAUUAACGAGGAUCGUGGAGAUGCUGAGCCGGAUGAGAUUACAGGCCGUCGACUCCUACACCACAUGAAAGACUGGAAGAUCUAUGUGUGGGGCUUCAGCUUCUUGUCUGUGACUGUGCCGGGAUACGCCUACAAUUACUUCCUCCCUAUUAUCCUUCGCAAUGGGAUGGGCUACAGCACAACAGAAAGCCAGCUGUUGAGCGCCCCGCCUUAUAUUGCUGCGGCGAUUAUGUGCUAUGUGUCCGGAUGGCUUGGGGACAAGUAUCAUUUGCGCGGUCCCAUUGUCAUCAUUCAUCAAAUUUGUACCUUGAUCGGCGUCAUCUUGACAGUUUAUGGAGGAAGCAAUGCCGUUCGAUACUUCGGAGCUUUCCUUGGAAUCACCGCACUCAACUUUUGCAUCCCCGGGUUGUUGACCUUUCAGGCAAACAACAUUACUUCUCACUCGAAACGCGCACUCGUAUCAGUGACAUGCACCGUUGGAGGAGCCUUGGGAGGGAUCAUUGCCAGUGUCUCAUUCAAGUCGUCUGAGACUCCUAGAUACCCGACUGGAGUUUGGGUGAGCGUUGCCGUCACUCUGGUGAGUAUAUUCAACAUUGCUUUGAUGAAUUUGUACUUUGCGAGACAGAACAAGAAAGUUCGACAGGGCAAGCUACAACUGGAGGGCAUUGAUGGUUGGCUCUAUACACUUUGA